AUGCUUGCGCAGAUUUCUAUAGAAUUGGACGAAGAGGUCGCGAACACGCUUCGAGACAACGGCGUUGAUAUCGAGAUCGCAAGCACUUCCACUGUCGACGAUUGCCCCGGAGUUGGCAGCACGUUCGGUAAGGUGGUAGAUAAGGCUGGGCAAGCGGUGGAACGGUUGUACCGCAAAGCCCCUUUGCAGUCACCACCGCUAGUGUUGAGUGACUUCGAUGCCGGAGUCCUCGGCGUGAUAAGCAGGAAUGGGGCCGAAUUCGAAGUAGCCAGUGUGUCCACUGCCUCCGACAUACCAGGCCCCGGCCGUACCUUGGGGAAAAUCGUGGGCGGCUUAGGCCGAGUUUUCCAGCAGAUUUGCUCAAGGAUUGGCGAUAGAAUGGGUUUAGGACCGCAUGCCGCUACGAAACAUAUCGUCCAGUACCUUUUUAGGCCUCAUGCGGAGUGGGAAUUUGACCCAUGGCAUCCUUACAUGUGGUGCCAAACAUGCGGAUACUGCGACAUAAUGCGUGCAAAGGAUAUGAGACCGUCUCAGAUAUCCUCUUUCCUGGGCAACAUGGUUCAGUUGUCUAUGAUGGCGACUGACUUGGACGACGGUCAAUAUAAGCUGGAAAAAAUUAAGGGUGAAUGCAAGAGGCUCAGCAAGUAUAUCGGGUGCAGCAGUGCUCAAUCACAGGCAGCAGCUGUAUUUUACGUUCAGGUCCUUCGGAGCCUGUUCCCGCAUCUCGAACCCUUCUUCGAGGAACACGGUCGUGGAAUAGAGCUUCAGCAAACUCUCGCACAGGUUACAAUUCUUCAAUCAUUUGCGAGGAUGCAGAAACCCAUCCUGCCCGACUUCCGCGUUCCGAUAGACACAGCGACUGUCGAUGUUCUGAGUUGUGUCAGAGACUACUCUAGCGUCGAAUGGAGAGCAGCAGGCUCGGCCAUUUUUGCCAGCAAAUCAGGAGCCCGCGCGCUUUCCAAAGGCCCGCCGCCCGCUGCGAUGAUACUCAUGGAGGCAAUUAUUUGCCAUUUCUUAACUGGGACAUUGGAAAGGCAUGAAGCUUGGCUGGCGCAGGACAUGGAGUCGCACGCGUCUUACUUCUUUAAUAUCUUCAGCAAGAGUCGAGUCCGGCGUUGGGGCCUAAUAUAUGCCUGCGACCCAGAUCCUCUGAAACGAGCCCUUGCUCACCGGAUGAUCAACGCCCUCCUCAAAGUUCUUGACGGUCCCAUCGCAGGACACCCCCGCGUAUUCGAGACUUUGAGUGCGAUCUUGACCAGCACGAGGUUUCAGAGAUCUAUCAAUGACGGGCGGGCAGAACUGACACAAGAGGAUAUUUUCUCCGCUCAGCAGUGGCAGCUCUUGCCAUUUUCCCUAUCGGCGGAAUCGGAUCAUACCCUGAAAGCGGCGAUAACGGACCUUCCUAAGUCGAUCGACAUACCACUAAUGGACUGGAUACCCUGGCGUAUACUUGGUCGCUUUAUGUAUGAAUGGGGCGUGACAACAAAUCAGAGCCACGAGGAAAUUUAUCAGGAGCGGUUUCCUUGCGCCGUCUCCUUGACGGACCUGCACUCACUGUGCUCUCACAUGGCUGAAGUAAUAAUACAACGAUGUCGAGACAAACGCCUCGAACCGAUGCCUUAUGAAUUUUCGCUGAUACUAAAGAAGGACAGAGACGUAUUUGACAUCCUGUAUAAGAUGUUGCUAAGUGUAGCGGAAUCGGGUAAACGCUCCAAGCGUCUCAAAGCUGUUUUGGGCACCUUUGCCACGAACGAAGCCUUCCGCGUGAAUGUGUCAUUACUCUUGCACGGGAAGGUUGACCUCGGGGCUUAUUACUGGAAACGCAAAGACCUCAGGCCAUAUCCUCAGAAUGCCACACACCUUUGGAGGUAUUUUGACGAAUCAAUGCAGCGCCAUUGUUUUUUAUCACAAAUUGCAUUAUUUACAUUUCGACACCAGGAGGAUACCAUGGACCCACAGUGUUUCGACCCUCAGACUGAAGGCGAAAGGCUUGUGGGAUACCACCGCGGAUUGCGGUGGGUCCCGGCCGCAGAGCUGCGUUGUCGUUCCUACCGCUACCGUGCUAUCAUUGCGACUUUGAACGACUCUGGAAAUCCUGCGUAUUUUGUGUGCAUAAGAACCCCCGACUUCGGACUGCAAGGUGUCUAUGUCAUGAACAGGGAUAAGCUAUAUAUGGACGAAAACGUCCUAUGCAUGUAUGUUCUGGCUGCGCAAGUUCUCGCAGAUGGAGAGACUCCCCAGAUUUACUGGGCAUCUCCUUCGUGGGGAACCAGAUUAUGCUGCAAAAUGAAUUGCUUAUGCGAAUUCAUCGAGUCCUCGCGCAGAGCCAGUUUCACCCUGAGCAUGGCCUACAUCCCCGACGCGGUCCACCUCCCUGAAGCGCUCCCGGACAUCCACCUCGUCAAUGCCGUCACUCUCGAACCCGUCACCAUCAAAGGCGGAGACUUCAAGGUCGUGCAGUGUCCUACCUGGUUCCACGGAGGGCCCCGCCUCGAAUGGACCGGCGAACGCUGGUAUCGUCCGCUGCAGCCCGAAGAGCUAUGCGCCCAGUACGUUCGAAAAAUCACACGGGGGUUCCUGCGGAGUUUGGUGAACAACGAUGAAUGGCCGAGGAAUGCUCUUGAGCGCGACGAAGAAAAGCUAGCAUGUGUUCACCACAGGGAGAGUGAUGAUGAUGCCGGCCUCCUGGUGCGAGGCAUUCUAGCGCGCCCAAUGGGUGCCUCGGAUCCAAGAAGCAGCAGCGAUGAUCCAAACCUCUUCAGAGCGCUGGCCGAGAGUUCUGCAGCCAUUGACUCUUUAGUCACCACCCCAUAA